UUUUGCAGACCAACAAGGCAAAAAAGAGUAUUUAAGACUUGAAGUCAUCCUCAGAAAACCAAAACCAUCGAAGACUCUGUCCAGCUCAAUCGUCUACUUUCCGAGAUGUCUCUGUCUUACUGGGACUACAUCACCCUUCUCCUCCUUCGUCCUCUCCUCGCAGUCGCACUCGUCUUCUUGUUCAUAGCUUCCUGUUGGUAUUUGGCGUGGAAGCUGGUUUUGGUUCACGUUCCUCUGGUUCAAGAGAUUUUCGGGUUGAAAAAGAAGCCCUUCGUGCCCAAACCCGAGACUCGUGGUCGAUUUUCUAAGUUUUACAGUACAUUGGAAACCCAUAAGUCAGCUUCUAAAUGAGAUGAAGGGGGCAGAGCAAAGUUUGGUUUAUUUGUGUGAUCGAAGGGUAAGAGAAUGCACCGACACCAAGUUCGUUGUUUGAUCACUUUGAUGUAAAGAAAGAAAUUGACAACAUUUUCCAGGAGUCUUUUGAACAGUGGAGAUUAUGUUCCUUUGUAUAUAGAUUCAUUUGAACUGCUGAUGGUCAAUUGUAUAGAAAGUCAUUUGAACU